GCUGCCAGAAUUUCGCUUUAGCCAUGGAGCGGAGCCCCACGUUUCGAUUGUUCAAUACCCUGCUGGCAACAAUGGUGGCCAUUUUGGUUGGUUUCUUUUGUGUUCGCUUAAAGGUUAUCAAACCAGCUGAGGGGCACCUUAAAGGGUUGGGUUUUUUCAUCGGCUCUAUGGUCUUCCCGCUGUUGAUCUUCAAUACAGUGGCUACAGCUGAAUUGCACUCGGUGAACUACGGGGUGAUUGCAGCUUGUAGUCUCGGAAAGAUCGCAGUGAUGAUUUUGACAUGGCUAUUGGCAUAUGUGACGUUUCAGCCGAAAAGGUCGCAAGGACAAAGAAUCCUCACAGCCUCGGUGUUUGCCUUCUUUUCAGUAGCAUCCAAUGACUUUGCUAUUGGCUUUCCAGUCAUUGAUGCACUGUAUGAUAAGGAUAUGAGCAUUUACAUUGCUGGCAAUGCUUUGGUCGGCUCCUUUGUAUUUAUUCCGUUGACCAUGAUCGCAUUUGCCAUCGGCGGUGCCAUCAGGACUGGAGAAGGGCAGAGCAACUGGCAGAUUUUUGUCAAUACCAUGUAUGAUUUGUCCACGAACCCAGUGAUAUUCAUGACCUUCGCUGGACUAUUGUUCAAGAUCAUGUUCGGGUUCAGUCUUGUUGAGGAAAAUGGCAAAAUCAAGCUUCCUCACCCAUUUUCGGACUUCAUUGAACUCUUUACUUCUCCAUUUGCGAUGUCUGCCCUGUUCCUGACUGGGACGUCACUACGCUCUCCUCAGAUUUCUGUUUGGGCGGUCGGCAUGGUGCUAAUGAAGGUUGUUGUAUGUGCAUAUCUCAGCUAUCUCUUUGCGACUUUCUUAGUCCAUGGAGAAGGCGUGAAACCCCUACAAGACUUCACCUUCUUCUAUGGCUCGAUCCCUACGAGCAGUGCUCCAAUUGUCUUUGCCAGUCAGUUCGACCCUGAGGCGGCUGAGUUGAUUGCCACUGCUGUUCUUUUUGGCUUGGUACUGGCAUGUCCGAUUAUGUUCAUCACGGCCUACUCUUUGAACGAACAAGGAGACCCUACCAGCAGCAUGACCAUCUUACGCCAGGUUCAGUUCAGCGCAGAUGCAGGCAGCAUUUUCUGCGGACUAGUGUUUUGUGCAUGCCUUUUGUUGAUUCGACAACGCUGGAGCUUCACAUGUCCUGCAAGGCAGCUGCUUUUCUUCUAUGGACUUGUUUUGACAGCCUAUGCAGCGGUGUCGCUUCCCAUUAACCCAAUCAUUUCAAAUGCAACAUGUGAAGAGUUCAACGAUGCGGGCCUGAGAACUCCAUUGGUCGUGGCUUUUAGUUGGCUACAAAGCAGUGCAUCCUGUAUGUUACUGGCAUUGCAGUUUAUGUAUCCCUGUGAACAAAAGGCGUCUUCAAACAAGCCUUGGAAAGGCUUUGGAUUUGCUUGUGGGUGCCUCCUCUUUGCACUUUUGCCAGCUUUUUUCGCAACCCCAAAUACAAUCAACGAGAUUUGCGACCAUGAAGAGUCUGGGUCUUUGCAACUUUGCCUCAAUGUGAUUUGGUCUUGCGUCAAGCUGGUGAUUGCUACAUGUUUGGCCAUCUAUGCCUUGUGUCGAGUGCCCAGAGAAAGCACAAGCAGCGAUUCUUCGUCUGAAUCAGAUCACUCGGUUGAGGAUAUCGAAAAUUUGCUCCAGGUUUCUCAUCAGGUGGCUGAGUUUCGAACCAUGGCUCUCCACGUGAGGUCUGGAACUCUCAGUCGCCUCGAGAGCGGUGCGGCCGAUUGGGGACGGUUUAUACCCAGAGGUGUGAUUUUAACCAUCACCAUCAUGAACAUCGUGAAGGUGCUGACACAGGUGAUCAAUGCAGCUUUGGUCCAUUUUGCUUUCAACGAGAAUAUGGGGAGCUUUGCUUCAAUGCUACUUCUGGAAUGUGCCUUGGAACAUGCUCAGCUCAUUGUUCUGAUGGCCUCACUUUUCUUUGACGCACACUUCAUGCCCUCCUAUUGGCCAUCGUACCUCAGAUCUUCCCUCGAAACUCCUGCUGUCCAGCCAGGGCAGUCAGGGACACCACCCGCAAUGGCACGUGGUUGGGUUGGUCCUUGAUAAGGCAGCCCGAUCCAAAGGACUGCGAGUGAGAAGGCCACUGGCCCAUUGCGACCCUAAAACCUCACACUGAAUUUUUUUGAACAUUUGAAUCUAUGACCUGCAGAAAAUCAUGUGCAGUGCAACGGUGCACCUGCCACUUUAUGACUUGAGUUUACGGAGUAGGAAAAGAUGG